AGUCAGUCAGUCCGCCGCUGCAGUCCGACAGAGCGGCCAAAGUCAUCAGCAGCGACCGCUAUGUGGCUGUGAGCUCCGCGGGCGACACGGUCCCCCUGCCCCUUCCAACCGCGGUAGGAAACCCCGUGGACAUGAAAACGCCCGACCGGGACCGCUGUGGAGAAAAAGGAUCGUCAUGAACAUUUCCCUGCCGACCAGUCACUCCUUCACUGAGGGACCUCGGCCCCUUUUGGUUUCUGGAUUAAUCAACACAGGGAUGAGAUAAUACAGUCGACCAGCUCGUGCAUGCCGCUACGACAACACCUGUAGCACUCACCUGUUAACCCCACCCACCCACCCUUUCCUCCCCCACCAACCCUCCCCAAAGCUAAAUUCAAGUCCCAGCGGUCCAAACAUGACGACGCCGGCUCUCCUGCCGCUGUCGGGCCGCAGGAUACCCACUCUGUCGCCGGGCGCCUCCUCGUUCCCGCACCACAGGGCCACGCUGAGGCUCUCGGAGAAGUUCAUCCUCCUCCUCAUUCUCAGUGCCUUCAUCACCUUAUGCUUCGGGGCCUUCUUCUUCCUCCCGGACAACUCCAAGCACAAGCGCUUUGACCUGGGCUUGGAGGAUGUGCUCAUCCCUCACAUUGACUCGCCCAAAGAGGGGAAACACGCUUCUGGACAGGUGGUCAUACAUGGACAGGGAGGACAUGACGAGCACAGACACAGGGAGGAGGAGGAGAGCCUGCGGGACAAGAUCCGGGCCGACCAUGAGCGAGCGCUGCAGGAGGCGAAGGAGAAGCUGAGGAAGUCCCGCGAGGAGCUGCAGGCCGAGAUCCAGACGGAGAAGAACAAAGUGAUGGAGGACCUGAAGAAGAAGGACGCGGGGCCCAAACCUCUGCCUCCCGUCCCCAUGCCCAAAGUGGUGGGGGUCAGCGACGGAGAGCCGCCGGAGCCCGACGCCAAAGAGAAACGCGACAAGAUCAGAGAGAUGAUGAAGCAUGCGUGGGACAGCUACAGACAGUACGGGUGGGGUCACAACGAGCUGAAGCCCCUCGCCAAGAAAGGACAUUCCACCAACAUCUUCGGAAACUCCCAGCUCGGGGCGACUAUUGUGGACGCCUUGGACACGCUCUACAUCAUGGGUCUGCACGACGAGUUCAAGGACGGCCAGGAGUGGAUCGAGCAGAACCUGGACUUCGGAGUGAAUGCCGAGGUGUCUGUAUUUGAGGUCAACAUUCGUUUCAUAGGAGGACUGCUGGCCGCCUACUACCUCUCUGGACAGGAAGUAUUUAAGCUGAAGGCGGUCCAGCUAGCAGAGAAGCUACUUCCUGCCUUCAACACCCCCACAGGAAUCCCCUGGGCCAUGGUCAACCUGAAGAGUGGUGUCGGUCGUAACUGGGGUUGGGCGUCGGCGGGCAGCAGCAUCCUGGCAGAGUUCGGGACUCUCCACAUGGAGUUUGUUCACCUGACCUACCUGACGGGGAACCCGGCCUACUACCAGAAGGUGAUGCACAUCCGGAAGCUGCUAGCCAAAAUGGACAGACCCAACGGACUCUACCCGAACUACCUGAACCCUCGGACGGGUCGCUGGGGUCAACACCACACCUCUGUUGGAGGACUCGGAGACAGUUUUUACGAGUACCUGCUGAAGGCCUGGCUCAUGUCGGACAAGACCGACACGGAAGCUCGCAAGACCUACGAUGACGCCAUCGAGGCCAUCGAGCGCCACCUGAUUCGCAAGUCCAACGGCGGCCUGACAUUCAUCGGUGAGUGGAAGAACGGCCACCUGGAGAGGAAGAUGGGCCACCUGGCCUGCUUCGCCGGCGGCAUGUUCGCGUUGGGCGCCGACGGCUCGCCCGACGACAAGGCGGGACACUACCUGCAGCUGGGAGCCGAGAUCGCACACACCUGCCACGAGUCCUACGACAGGACGGUGUUGAAGCUCGGCCCGGAGGCCUUUAAGUUCGACAGCGGCCUGGAGGCGGUGGCCGUGCGGCAGAACGAGAAGUACUACAUCCUGCGUCCGGAGGUCAUCGAGACCUACUGGUACAUGUGGAGGUUCACCCACGACCCCAAAUACCGGCAGUGGGGCUGGGAGGCGGCGCAGGCCAUCGAUAAGUACUGCCGGGUGAGCGGCGGUUUCUCCGGAGUGAAGGACGUCUACUCCUCCAACCCGACCUACGAUGACGUGCAGCAGAGCUUCUUCCUGGCCGAGACGCUCAAGUAUCUGUACCUGCUGUUCUCCAGCGACGACCUGAUGCCGUUUGAGAGUUGGGUCUUCAACACGGAGGCUCACCCACUUCCUGUCCUCCACCUCGGCAACAUCACGCUGCCCGGUAGCGAGCCGGCUCAGCGGUAAACGGACAGGAUGGGAGGCGGCCAUCUUUUCUCCUCCACGGCACCAGGAGGGCCCCCAAAAAAACAAACAAACACCACCCACCAACACUGGACAAACUUACAUUCAGCUCUGCGGACUCCAAACUGCUUCUCGGACUGCAGACGUCGCCCUGAGGAGACGGAGGACGAGCCUCCACCUUCUUCUUCUAUGUUUUACUCUCUGACUCUUCUGAUCUCUCUGUCUUCUCUGCUUUAAUCAGAAAGACGGCGGGUUUGCUGCUCAGCCUCGCGACCGGCUGGAAUUUGACUCUUGAAGGACCGAAACCGGAGGCGUGAUUUACUUUUUUUUAUUUGUUUUGUUAUUAUUUUUAGUGAUUGAUUUGAGAUUUGACCAAACACGUACAGACGAUUCGAGCUGCGGCACUCAGAGUGCAUUGUGGGGGUUUCUGUGAAGGAUUUACGGCGUGGGUUUUUUGACACUGCACCGAUAGAAGUGUCUCUUUUUUUUUUUUUUUUUUUUCCAUGCAGACGGACUUGAGGACUUUACAGGGUCUGUUGUUGAUAAAGGUGUGAUUUUGUUUUGGACGAGUCGUUUGUGGGGACACAGGGUUGAAUCAAAAGCCCUUCGCUUCUCCCUCAACCCCUCCCCCAUUCCACUUCCUGUUUAAUCUUCAGAUGAACUUUGACCUUCAGUUGCGAGGGCUCGUUGUGGCUCCUCCUCCUCCUCUAAUCCUCCUUUUUUCAGAAAAGUGGACCAUUAUAAGUGGAACAGUAACUAAACAGUGACAGAAGCAGGCCUCCUCAUCUUCAUCGCUCUCCUCCUCCUCCUCAUCAUCAUCUUUCCAGUUUCUCCUCCAGUUAGAGACGCCAACGAGCCAAAACCCAAAACAUGCUGCUUCUUCUUUUCCUUUUUUUUUUUUAAAAUCUCUCUCCUCCAUGACAAAAAAAGUUUAUCCAUCAUCUCCUCUGUUCUCUUGUUUCCCACCUUUAUCAUCUGCAUUUUCAGGUCACGCAUUGUGAGAUGAGGUUUGUACGUAUGAGUUAACACAACCUCUGCUGUGAAUCAUUUAUUUGUGCACUUUGUAAUGGAGGUCUGUGAAGAAGGAGGCAAACAGAAGUGUAGCACUGAGCGAGCUGAAUAAACUACGGCUCCGUGCUGAGCUCA